CUUGCUGAAAUAGUUUGUUGGUUGAGGCAAAUUCAGCAAAUAUAUGAAAUUAUGCCAGGGAUAUGUAAUAUUAUACCAUGAAUAUUUGAUUUACUGGCCUUCUAAAUAAUAAUAAGAAAUCUAGUGAAUCAUAUGGUCUGUAUUAUAUCAGAACCAAUUUACAGGUAAGCAUAAAACACACAGGUUUUAUUUGCACCAUAAUAAUCUAUUUGGCAAAAAAAAUAAAUAAAAAUUCCUUUAAAACCUGGGUUCACAAGAAGCUUCACAUUUGUUUUUGAGACAUUGUUUCCGCUGAUAGCUCUUUGAGGAGCAGACUUACCUGGCCCUGCCAACCAUAAGAGGAAGUAUCUCUGAGUGGGAAAAACUGAAAUUUUUUACAUACAUAGCUAAUUACCAAAGCUAGUAUGCCUGUAUACUUAUUUUAUUUAAUUUGAUAGUCAUUUGAAAGAAUCCCAUGUAGCCUAAAAAAUCAGAAGGGAAAAAAGAAUAUUUAAAAAAUAUAAGAUAGCUGCUUAAAUAAUCAUGAAAAAGAAAGCACGAUUUUUCUAUUUAAAUUGCAGUGGUAGAGUUAUAGUUAAGAUGACUAAUAGUUUUAGUAACUAGGUAAAUCAUGCAGGAGGAAAAAAAGCAGUUUUAAAAAAUAAUCAUUUGUGUGCUCAAAGGAAAAAAAGGAUGGGAACACAUCAAAGGGAAAUAGGAGCCGACCUGAAGGACUUCCCCGUAGCCAAAUCUGGGACGAUUUAAGCAUCAAAAUAAAUUAUAUUGUAUAAUAACUCUACAUAUAAAAUAAAUAUCUCUGAGUUCAUACUGGUAGAAGUAAAAGUUGAAAAAAUAAUUAUAGAUGAGGCAAAUCUUCUCUACAGAAAAAUUCCAUUUAAUACAUAUAAACACUACCCUCCCCCAGGAUGUAAAGCUUAAUUUUACCACUUUCUAUCACCUCUUGGAGAACAUACUAGACUUAGUGGCCAAGUUCCAAAGAAUAGAGUAUGGAAAGGAAAACAUAGUAACUUUACAGUAGAGAAACCUGGCAAACACCACCUUACCAAGUGAUGGUUAAUAUCACUAGUGAUAGGUGGAUAUCACAUACUCCCAUGAUGUUGUGAUGAGGUCACUUCAUUAAUAUAUGAUGAGGACACUUUACCUCUGUGGUAUUCUUCCCUAAAACCCAUAGCCCAAUGCUAAUCAUUAGGGAAACAUCAAAUAAAGUUAAUAAAAGCAUCAAAGCAGGGUAGCCUGUGGGAUACUUGGCCAGUAAAUCUUAAGUCUUCCAAAGAUUAUCAAGAUCAUGAAAAACAAGGAAAAGCUGAGAAGGUGUCACAGGCCAGAGGAAACUCAGGAGACACGGAAACAAAAUGAAUGUGAAACCCUGGAUGGGAACCAAGAACACAAAAGAGACAUUAGUAGAAUGACUAGUGAAACCAUAGUAAAGUCUGGAGUUUAUUUAAUAAUAAUGUACCAAUAUCAAUUACUCAGUUUUGACAAAUGUAUCGGAGUAAUGCAAGAUGUUAACAGAGAAAUCCGUUGAGGGAUGUAUGGGAACUCUCUGUACUAUCUCUGUAACUCUUCCAUAAAUGUAAGAUUAUUCUCAAAUUAAACAUUUGUUUAAAAAUUAUCUUCUGGUUUAUUUAGCAGUUUGCCGAGCAAACAAUUACCUACUUGCAGAAUUUACCAGAAUGUGGGGGUCCUAUCUAAAGAAUUGAGAAUCAUGUUUCUGCUUCCUCCUCAUUGAUACAAAUUUGAAUCAUAGUUGGCAAAUAAAAGCUACAAAUGAAUAAAAAUUUAAGUUUUGAGAGCCCAUCACCAUCAUAGUUUGAUAGUCUUCAGGUUCAAAGCAGGUGGUUCCUGGUUGUUAAUUAUAUAUAACUAUGCCAUCUUAGAGACAUUCACAAAGUCACCACUUUGGGCUCAUUCUCAUCUCUGUUCUCCUGAAGUCUCCACUUUGAACCAUGUGUAAAUGGAGCAUUUAUUUUUACCUCUAAAAAGUGUAAAGUCAUCUGAAUAUGGUCUUUUAUACAGACUGAAUAAUCUGUGUUAAAAGACAUAAAAAAUGAACACGCUUUGCAGCACAGCCUAUACAGUUUACAGUUUACAGUUAAUGUUUUUGGAUAUCGACUUAAAAAUCUUCAUGUAUCUAAAAGAUAAUUUUCUUUUUUUCUAUAUAUGAGAGUUAAAGUUUGGAUUUUUUAAAAACAAGUGUAUUGUCCUUUUUUAGUUAACUUUGAAACUUAAUGAUUUUUGAGUUAAAAUGGGAGAAGUAGAGUAAUGAUUAUGCUCAUAUUGUGAUGUGCGUUAAGAGUUCAGAAAAGUAGAAAUAUUUAGUGCAUUUUAUUUGAUAAUACUCCUAGUAUUAUAUAGCUUUCCUGAAUUGUAUGUCUUGAGCCUUAAUGUUCUAGCCAACUAUAAUAUGCUUUGAUCUCUAAACUUAAAAAUAUUCUUCCCUUUCAAAGAAAAGGAUUUGUACAAAAGUCUAAAAUCUCAUUGAAAAGGCUGGGAGUAACAAAGAGAUCUGGAAACAUACAGAAAUAAGAGUGAUGGAACAAUAAUUUGUUGCUAAAUACGGCUUUAAACAGCAUACGAAACAUGCUUCACGUUAGUCAGAAGAGGUCCUCUGUAUUACACUGUGCGCGCUUCCCUGAAAUGAAACUGUAUGUUAUUGGUUAACCAGGAUAUUUAGCAUAAUCACUCUGCUAGACUGUGGUGGAGGGAGGUGAUUAUCACUGAGAACAGAUGGGCAGGUCCACAGCACUGCCAGAUUCUGCACAAGCUCCAUUUAUUGUUGGUUCUUGCUUUUCCCCUUCUGUGUUUUAAUUUUUUAAAAAACAUUGUACGUUCUAAAGAACUAGCUGCACAAAAGGUCGGUGGCUGAUAACCUUUCAGCUUAGAUUUCAAACGUAGGAGAAAGAUUCAAAAUGCUAUCACUGUGUAUCUAUGAAGGAUGGGGCAGAUUUCAUUUUACCCUCUAGCUUCCCUCAAUGCAUGCACGGACUUAUCUGUACGCUAAGCUCUCUGCUCUGCAUCUGUAGCUCCUUGUGGAUUAUAUUGUCUCUGUGAUCAGAAAUGAUUUUCUCGGAUAUGAACACCGUUUCUGGCUCCCCUAAAGUGCAUCCUCCUAAUGGGACCCGGUUUUACACUUUUCAAGAAUUUGCUGCACUGACAAAAGAACUCAAUGCUUGUAGGGAACAACUUCUAGAAAAGGAAGAAGAAAUUUCUGAACUGAAAGCUGAAAGAAACAACACAAGACUGUUACUGGAGCACUUGGAAUGCCUGGUGUCACGACAUGAAAGGUCACUAAGAAUGACGGUGGUAAAACGGCAAGCCCAGUCCCCCUCGGGAGUGUCCAGUGAAGUCGAGGUUCUCAAGGCACUGAAAUCUUUGUUUGAGCACCACAAGGCCUUGGAUGAAAAGGUAAGGGAGCGACUGAGGGUUUCUUUAGAAAGAGUCUCUGCACUGGAAGAAGAACUAGCUGCUGCUAAUCAGGAGAUUGUUGCCUUGCGUGAACAAAAUGUUCAUAUACAAAGAAAAAUGGCAUCAAGUGAGGGGUCCACAGAAUCAGAACACCUUGAAGGGAUGGAACCUGGUCAGAAAGUCCAUGAAAAGCGUUUGUCCAAUGGUUCUAUAGACUCAACUGAUGAAACUAGCCAAAUAGUCGAACUACAAGAAUUGCUUGAAAAGCAAAACUAUGAAAUGGCUCAAAUGAAGGAACGUUUAGCAGCACUCUCUUCCCGAGUGGGAGAGGUGGAACAGGAAGCAGAGACAGCAAGAAAGGAUCUCAUUAAAACAGAAGAAAUGAACACUAAAUAUCAAAGGGACAUUAGGGAGGCCAUGGCACAGAAGGAAGAUAUGGAAGAAAGAAUCACAACCCUUGAGAAACGUUACCUCAGUGCUCAGAGAGAAUCUACCUCCAUACAUGACAUGAAUGAUAAAUUAGAAAAUGAGUUAGCAAAUAAAGAGGCCAUCCUACGACAGAUGGAAGAGAAGAACAGGCAGUUACAAGAGCGUCUUGAGCUGGCUGAGCAAAAGUUGCAGCAGACUAUGAGGAAAGCUGAGACCUUACCUGAAGUAGAGGCUGAACUGGCUCAGAGAAUUGCAGCUCUGACAAAGUCUGAUCCAACCUCUUCUACCUCAUCUGAUGAUUAUCAAUAUGUUAUGGAAGCUAAACUACAAGAAAUGAUCUCCAUACGUAGGAAGGCUGAAGAGAGACAUGGAAACAUUGAAGAACGCAUGAGACAUCUAGAAGGUCAACUUGAAGAGAAAAAUCAAGAACUUCAAAGAGCUAGGCAAAGAGAGAAAAUGAAUGAGGAGCACAACAAAAGAUUAUCUGAUACGGUGGACAGACUUCUGACUGAAUCUAAUGAACGCUUACAACUACAUUUAAAGGAAAGAAUGGCUGCCCUAGAGGAGAAGAAUGUUUUAAUUCAAGAAUCAGAAACUUUCAGAAAGAAUCUGGAAGAAUCUUUACAUGACAAGGAAAGAUUAGCAGAAGAAAUUGAAAAGCUGAGAUCUGAACUUGACCAAUUGAAAAUGAGAACUGGCUCUUUAAUUGAACCCACAAUAUCAAGAACUCAUCUAGACACCUCAGCUGAGUUGCGGUAUUCUGUUGGAUCCCUAGUGGACAGCCAGACUGAUUACAGAACAACUAAAGUAAUAAGAAGACCCAGGAGAGGCCGCAUGGGUGUACGACGAGAUGAGCCAAAGGUGAAAUCUCUUGGGGAUCAUGAGUGGAAUAGAACUCAGCAAAUUGGAGUGCUAAGCAGCCACCCUUUUGAAAGUGACACUGAAAUGUCUGAUAUUGAUGAUGAUGACCGAGAAACUAUUUUUAGCUCAAUGGAUCUUCUCUCGCCAAGUGGUCAUUCUGAUGCCCAGACUCUAGCCAUGAUGCUUCAAGAGCAGUUGGAUGCCAUCAACAAAGAAAUCAGGCUAAUUCAGGAAGAAAAAGAAUCUACAGAGUUACGUGCUGAAGAAAUUGAGAAUAGGGUGGCUAGUGUGAGCCUGGAAGGCCUGAAUUUAGCAAGGGUCCACCCAGGUACCUCUAUCACUGCCUCGGUUACAGCUUCUUCGCUGGCCAGUUCAUCUCCCCCCAGUGGACACUCAACGCCAAAGCUCACCCCACGAAGCCCUGCCAGGGAAAUGGAUCGGAUGGGAGUCAUGACACUGCCAAGUGAUCUAAGGAAACAUCGGAGAAAGAUUGCAGUGGUGGAAGAAGAUGGUCGGGAAGAUAAAGCAACUAUAAAAUGUGAAACUUCUCCUCCCCCUACCCCUAGAGCCAUCAGGAUGACUCACACCCUUCCCUCCUCCUACCACAAUGAUGCCCGAAGUAGUUUAUCUGCCUCCCUUGAGCCAGAAAGCCUUGGGCUUGGCAGUUCCAAUAGCAGCCAAGACUCUCUUCACAAAGCCCCCAAGAAGAAAGGAAUCAAGUCUUCAAUAGGACGUCUGUUUGGUAAAAAGGAAAAAGCCCGACUCGGGCAGCUCCGAGGCUUUAUGGAGACUGAAGCUGCUGCUCAGGAGUCCCUGGGGUUAGGCAAACUUGGAACUCAAGCUGAGAAGGAUAGAAGACUGAAGAAAAAGCAUGAACUUCUAGAAGAAGCUCGGAGGAAGGGAUUACCUUUUGCUCAGUGGGAUGGGCCCACUGUCGUUGCAUGGCUGGAGCUCUGGUUGGGAAUGCCCGCUUGGUAUGUAGCAGCCUGCCGAGCCAACGUGAAAAGUGGUGCCAUCAUGUCUGCUUUAUCAGACACUGAGAUCCAGAGAGAAAUUGGAAUCAGCAAUCCCCUGCAUCGCUUAAAGCUGCGAUUAGCAAUCCAGGAGAUGGUUUCCCUAACGAGUCCUUCAGCUCCUCCGACAUCCCGAACUCCUUCAGGCAACGUUUGGGUGACCCAUGAAGAAAUGGAAAAUCUUGCCGCUCCAGCGAAAACGAAAGAAUCUGAGGAAGGAAGCUGGGCCCAGUGUCCGGUUUUUCUACAGACUCUGGCAUAUGGAGAUAUGAACCACGAGUGGAUUGGAAACGAAUGGCUUCCCAGCCUGGGGUUACCUCAAUACAGAAGUUAUUUUAUGGAAUGCUUGGUAGAUGCAAGAAUGUUAGAUCACCUAACAAAAAAAGAUCUCCGUGUCCAUUUAAAAAUGGUGGAUAGUUUCCAUCGAACAAGUUUACAAUAUGGAAUUAUGUGUUUAAAGAGGUUAAAUUAUGACAGAAAAGAACUAGAAAGAAGACGAGAAGCAAGCCAACAUGAAAUAAAGGAUGUGUUGGUGUGGAGCAACGAUCGAGUGAUUCGCUGGAUACAAGCAAUUGGACUUCGAGAAUAUGCAAAUAAUAUUCUUGAGAGUGGUGUGCACGGCUCACUGAUAGCCUUGGAUGAGAACUUUGACUACAGCAGCUUAGCUUUGUUACUACAGAUUCCAACACAGAACACCCAGGCAAGGCAGAUUCUUGAAAGGGAAUACAAUAACCUCCUGGCUCUGGGAACUGAACGGCGGCUGGAUGAAAGUGAUGAUAAGAAUUUCAGGCGUGGGUCAACAUGGAGAAGACAGUUUCCUCCCCGUGAAGUACACGGAAUCAGCAUGAUGCCUGGGUCCUCAGAAACGUUACCAGCUGGAUUUAGGUUAACCACAACAUCUGGGCAGUCGAGGAAAAUGACAACGGAUGUUGCCUCAUCAAGACUGCAGAGGUUAGACAACUCCACUGUUCGCACAUACUCAUGUUGACAAGCCACUCAAAGGAGGCAGCACUGACUUGCUAUGUCGUCUUUUCAGCCUACUCUACCUAAAGUGCACUACCAUCUAUGAAGACAAACAGUGAAAACCUUUGUGAAGACUGAAUUCUAAGGAAACAACCACCAGUGGUUUAUUAUGCUGAAAAUGUGAUUUUGGGGGAGUCAGAUAUUAAGUUUGAUUAGUUUACUACAAUUGUAAGAAAAUGCUUAAGUCAUUUGAAUAAUAAGCAUCAUCCACGUCAUAAAUUCUGUACAACAGAUGCUUUUAUGAAAUGGAGCCACUCGUUUUUUCAUGUUUUAUUGUAAAAUACUAGGCAUUUAUGUAUUACUGUGUAUGUAUUUCUUUUUAAAUGUGUAAGUCUUAUGUAAAUGGAUAUAAAUAUGAUUUUUAAAAAAAUAAAAUAUAUGGUUCAUGGAGUCUCGAGUGCAAACAUUUGACAAUUCCAAGUACUGUUUGUAUUUUACCAUUCCACCAUUUUUACAGUUUCUGAAUUGUAACAGUCAAAUCGAUAUGUUUCUCCUUCAAGUCUGUCAAUACUUAAAGCUGAAAACCUGCCUCUGAUCAUGUAAAAAGGAAUGAUUUAACCUGGAACUGGAGCCAAAAAUAGUCCUUUAAAGGCAAUCAGGGAUGUCCUAUAUCUUUAGAAAUAGCACUGUGAUGGCUCGAUCUUCUUUUCAACACAAAACAAAGCUAAACUGUUUACAAGAGUCAAGAGCAAAUAUUUAAAAAAAUAAUUUAUAAGGAAUAAACAGCAUCUUCUCUUGUUAUCUGUGGACCAAGAAAAAAGAGAAAAAAAAAAAAAAACUUCUUUACUAAGAACAUGUUCAUCAGAUAUCUCGAACCGCCAGCCGGCACUGUUCAGUGAAUGUCAACCACUGCAGAGUCCGAGGCUCAUUUCCAUUGAAAAAAAACAAAAAACCCAGAAACCUUUCCCUUUUGUCAAUGUAACAGGGCAUUAGCCAGACUCAUGUCUAAUGUUAUAAGCUUCUAGCCAAGAUGGCCUUGUUGCGACUUCCCUGAAGUCAGUCUUAUCAGAGGAAAUAAAUGAAAGACAGAAUGAUUAACAUAUAUAGUGUAUAAAAGUAUAGAAGAGUAAUCUCUUCCCUGUGGCUUUAUUUGGUGGUGUUACUGUUGUUUAUUCUUUGUUUAUACGGGAGAUUUCAAAGUAAAACCUAUUUAAUAAUACCAUUUAUCUAACUGCUGAUUUUCUGCUGCUUGAUCUUAUGAAGCGCAAGACCUGUCAUUAGUAAUUUCCUUUUUGUAUUUAAUUUGCUGUUUGCACGUACAUUACAUUUGUUUUGAUGUCUAUUUUUGUUUAACAGAUUCAGUCAAAAGGUAAUGGUAACAGAAACCCUCUCCAUUGUCAAUAAAAAAAAAUACUUCCAGUUCUCUGUUUAAUCUUUGUUUUCUAGUCACAUAAUAUUUAAUUUAAACUAUAAUGAAAAUUGGUCUUCUAGUGACUUUCAGUCUAUUUUUUACCUUCAAAAGUGAGUCUGCCACAAGAGGGAGCACUGAACUUGCGUAUGAAGGUGAUUUUUUAAAUUUUCUGGAAAUGUUGCCUGAGCAGAAACAAUGCAAAGGAGCUUUCUCAGCUCAUCUGAUCACUGGGAUCUUGACUUAGGGAAAUGAAAUAUAAUACAGAAACUAUGAUAUUAUAACAACACACUAGAUCUGUAUCUACUCUCAAUACAUGACUUAGAGAAUAUCCAGUAAGAAAUGUUAAUCGUUUAUAAUAGAUUCUAAUGUAUAGAGAGAAAAAGAUCUAGCUAUUCCCUCAAAACAACAAAACAAAACAUAAAAUACUCUUCAACAUAUAGUAUAAUUUCUGCCAGAAUCUAAAAUCCAUUUACUGGAUUAAGCUCAGAAUCUCAAUAUUUUUCCUUCUGACCAGUUAUCAAACUUAUGAAUUUUCACAUUUGUAAUGAUGAGAGCCUUCUCAAAUACAAUUUUAUAUAAACAAAAGCGCUCCUUAGAUAUAAAGCAGAUAUUUUAUAUAUUUAAUGUAUUGUCUGGAGCAAAAUAACUGGAAAACACUUUUCCAUAGAUUUGAAAGAAAAUCUUAUUUAAAUUUUUCCAAUGUCUUACAGUAAAAUAUUCUAUGAAAAUACCAAGAAAAAGUCAUGAGGACUUUAUUUCAGAAAAUACAAUGAUUGUAUUUUUAGUAACAUUGUAUCGUUAUUUUUAAAGAUACAUUUAAUCCAGAAUAUUCUAGGUACUAUCUACUGAAAGUGCUUUAUGGUAAGUAUGUAAGAGAAAAUUCCUUUUUUUUCCUACCAAAUUUUAGGCAGUCCAACAACCCAAGUGUAUCUUUCUUGCCCCACUUUGAAUCACAUGAAAGUAACAGUACUUCCUUUGACUCUUCGGAGGAGAUAAAUUUCCCCGACCAGAUGCAGAAACAGUACUUCCUCCCCAGUCUCAUGCACCGAGUUAUUGGAAAAUAACUUGAGCCUGCUUGCUAAUGUGUCCCUUCAGAAUUGAUGGCUAGGAAAAAUGUGCAAGAGGUCCACAGAUACACCCUUCACACAGUUCUUGGAUCUGCCUUUGUUUAUCCCUUACAAAUGAACAAUAGUACACAUUCAGCUAAAGAAUUUGCCAUUUCAAAUUGACGGGAUGUUACACGAAAAAAUAAUUAUAUUCUUAACAAGAAUAUAUUAAGAUUACAGUUGUGAUAAUGAGUAAAAUGUACCCAACAGAAGGGACACUUUAAGGAACUUCACAGCUUCAAAUUAUAAGUUGAAUGUCUAUCUAGUUGGUUUAAUGCAGGCUACCGAAACAGAACAAUUAGCUGAAAAAAUUUUCAGGUGUAACAAUCAAGAAGCCAAUUUAAGCAAAGAGGACUUUACUUUGAGAAGCCAUUGAUUUAUAGCUUAUGGUCCAAAAAAAAAAAAAAAAACAAAAAACAAAAAAACCUAUCAUUUUCAUAAUGUCUUUAUAUAUAAGUUGUAAGCAAUUUUUAUGAAAUAAACAAGUAAAUAAGCUCUCUGUUAUCUCUCACAUAUAUUUCAUAUACCCAGACUAUCAUGUUAGGACAGCUGCUCUUAAAAGAUAAUUUUCCUGAUGGACUGAAAGAUUGGGAAAUACUUUAAGCACCAUCAAAGACUCAAUGGGCAUGGUAUAUAUAUAUUUUUUAGUUUAAAUGUAUUCUUCAAUAACUGAUAGCAUGUAGAAUCCUAAGUAAAUCCUAUAUUUAAUUAUCUACUCUGGCUAAUUGGUACAUUACCAUAAACUUAUUAAAGAUUCAUUUUCAGGAAUUUUUCUUAAAUUCUCAAUAGUUUUAGAUAAGUUUAAAUGGAAACACGUGUUUGAAUGUCACAAUGUGUUUUUAGUGAGUUAUUAAAAAAUUAGAGAUUUCACAUAAAAAUCUAGAUUUGGGAUUACUUAAAAACUCCUGGUCUUUAGCAUAAUAUAAAACUUUUACAUUUCUUCCUUAAGAGUUUUCCUUGUCAGUUUACUGCAUUUUUGUGUCAUUUCCUUGUUUUUAUAGGAAGCUGGAAUCAAGUGUACGGUCAACUAAGAACCUGAGACAGGAGGAACUCCAAAGCGCUCUCACCUCCCUGACAAACAGACUGGAUUAAAUGACCUCUAGGAUCUGUCAGGCAUGUGAUUUCCCUUGACAAGGUCAAAAUGACCCGAGGGCAGAGCUGUAUCCUAGUAUCUAAGCUUCCCUCAGGAAAUGUAGGUCUAGAUGGAUGCUCCUAUUUCAAAGUCAUCGGUCUAGGUGAUUCCCUAAAACCUCCCAUUUUAUCUAUUUUUUUUUAAUAACCAUGCAUGGGGACAUCUCAAGAAUGUUAGAAAAUAUUCAGAAUUUCU